ACGCCCACCACACAAACGCCGCCCACCACACAAACUCCGCCCACCACACAAACUCCGCCCACCGCACAAACGCCGCUCACCACACAAACUCCGGGUGGCACCUCUUGUGACUACACCGUCCUCAGCCCUACGCACACUAUGCUCUUGCCUGCCAACGCUGCCUGUAACUAUCACUACAGUGGGGUGACGGAGGAGCAGAAAGACCAGAUCUUACGGAAGCACAACACGUUAAGAGAGCAAGUAGCGACAGGUGGGGAGAUCACGGGUGACCCAGGGCCCCAGCCUUCUGCCGCCGAUAUGAAAGAGAUGGUGUGGAAUGACGAACUAGCCCAGGUAGCCCAGAAAUGGGCUGAGCAGUGUCCCAGUGGUCACGAUAACUAUGCCGAGAGGAGGAUCUGCUCCGCGGACUAUCAAGUUGGUCAGAACUUAUAUUGGGAAUAUUCUUUUAACUCUGCCAUUGACUGGGAGAAGGCAAUACAAGCGUGGUACGACGAGGUUGCUGAUAUGCCCAACACUGUGGUCGAGUCAUUUACCAGCAGUGUACCCUCAGGCAAAGCCAUUGGCCAUUAUACCCAGGUGGUCUGGGGGAGAACGUUCGAGGUGGGUUGUGGGAUCAUCUCUCACACGGUUGACUUGAGUGGAACUACAUAUCCGGAAUCUAAGGUCAUGGUAUGUAACUAUGGUCCAGCGGGCAACUUCCGCGGCUCUCCGGUUUACACGAAAGGAUAUAGCAGCAGUCUGUGUACCUCCGGAAAGUCCAGUAACUACCCAGGGUUGUGUACAUCGGGUGGUCGUUAACUAGAAUGAGGUUUCUUCUCUAGUCUCUUCCUCAUUUGGGUCAUCGGAGUAGUUUCUUACAGCAAAACCAGGAUAUACAAACUACGGGACUCGAAAUCUCGGCCAAACCUAACCUAACAUCAUAAUAAUAAUAAUAAUAAUAAUAAUAAUAAUAAUAAUAAUAAUAAUAAUAAUAAUAAUAAUAAUAAUAAUAAUAAUAAUAAUAAUAAUAUCUUUAUAAAUCAGCUUCAUACUGUAUGGCUGUGUUUAAAUGCCUAUAAAUUUACCAUUUUGCUUUGAUAUUUAACAUCUAUCACCUGUACAGUAUGUCGAAUUAACUGAAUCGUAAGUAUGUUUCUUGACUCAGGACGGAAUACAUGAAAAAAAAAUAGUGGGUAUGUUUUAUAAAUGAGGUUGACUUUUUUUCUGGGAAUUUUUACUAUACUGAUAUUAUUGGCAACUUAGUUUUAAUAAUAAUCACAUUGUAAUGGAUGUGUAAUUUGUAUUGUAAAAUGCUUUAGCUUUUUAGUGAUAUUUUCAUUAAUUGAAUAAAUUUCUGCAAAUCUA